CAUCACCAUCGUCACGUUGAUAUGCGACUCAUAUACCUAUUGCCUCACAUCCAAUUCAGAAAACCUAUCUCUAUAAGAAUAUGUUUUGCCCUUCUUUUUCUCGCCGUGGCUUCGACGGGUUUUCCCUUAUGACUGAUCUGAUAGGUAGAUGUCACCCAACAUUGUCCCGACUUCGCUUUCGCCUAUCCCAUUCUUCCGAGGCACAGGUGACCGUAAAUCGGUCGAAAGCCAGAUCCAGCAUUGAGAGAUCUUCGGGAAUAACGUCGCCUAGAGUAAUUAUGUGGGCAAUUUGCCAUAGUAGUAAGCCCGGAAAUAACGUUUAGCAGAGGCGACCACUUACCUUUUAGCGACAACUAUCCACUUUCCAUAAACAGAAGAUGGGAAAGCCCCGGUCCGUGAAGAUUUCACCGUCUUUCUUUAAUAUCGCCCCUUAUGUUGUUCUUGUAAUCGUAAUAUACGUCGAUAGUGAAAAUGGAUGACAUCGAAAAGCCACCAGCAGCACCAAGGAGUCAUGAUAAUGACGAGCAACAAGAUCAUUCAACCCAGGAAGAGGAACUAACAUCUUCGGCGUUGGUUCAAGGUCGACGUCGGUCCCAACCAGAAGAUUCGGAUAGUGAAAGUAAUCCAGACUCCCAAGGCGAUGAGGAAAGAGGUGGUGAGGCUCAAGACCUUGAGACACUCUCACGAGUGUCUAGUGGGCCGCCCUACACUGCCUUCUCAAACUCUAUGAGAUGGUGGAUAGUUUUCAUGAACUGUAUCUCAGCCUUCCUUUCACCAAUUACGGCCAACAUUUAUUUCCCGGCAAUCCCAGCUUUGUCUCAAGAUCUAGGCGUUUCCGUCGCGAAAAUCAAUUUGACGCUCACAACAUACAUGAUCCUUCAGGGUUUAGCUCCAACGAUUUUUGGUGACUUUGCCGACAUCGCCGGAAGACGGCCGGCCUUCAUUAUUGCCUGUACUAUCUACCUUGCUGCCAACAUCGGACUAGCUCUCCAGCGAAACUAUGCGGCGCUGCUUGUCCUACGGAUGGUGCAGAGCGGUGGCAGCAGUGGCACCAUUGCCCUCGUUUAUGGCGUAGUUGCAGAUAUUGCGCCAAGCUCCGAACGGGGGAAAUUUAUGGGGAUUGUCGGGGCUGGCCUCACGAUCGGUCCGGCGCUUGGCCCGGUCAUCGGCGGACUACUCUCACAAUACUUGGGGUGGCCGGCUAUCUUCUGGUUCUUGUGCAUCCUCGCCGUCUGUUGGUUGAUCCCCUACAUUUUGGCGGUUCCGGAGACGGGGAGGAAAGUCGUGGGGAACGGAUCCAUUCCACCUCAAGGAUGGAAUAUGACCCUUCUCGAUUAUAUCCGGUUCAGACGCCAAGCUAUAAAUCGACCAUCUAGCCAUGUGCGGCAGAAACUCCGAUUGCCUAACCCGCUAAAUACCCUCAGCGUUAUUGGCAACAAGGAUAUGGCAUUGGUACUAGGCUAUAAUGCCUUACUAUAUGUGGGCUUUCAGAUCGUCACUGCCACUCUCGCCUCCCAAUUUGCAGAUAUAUAUCAUUACAAUGAGAUCCAGCUCGGUCUCUGCUACUUACCGAUAGGGGGCGCCACCAUGCUUUCCUCGAUUUCUACAGGAUACAUCCUAGACUGGAAUUUCCGGCGUAUAGCCAAGAAGCUAGGUGUUCGUGUCACGGGGAAACGUGGAAACGACCUCAAGGGCUUCCCUAUCGAAAAGGCCCGGCUUCAAGUAGCCUAUCCUCUCGUUGUGAUCGGACUCCUUGUGUCCAUUGGAUACGGCUGGGCAUUGCAGUACGAAACUCAUGUAGUCGUGCCUCUCGUAUUAUCUUUUUUCAUCGGAAUAGGCGUCACCGGUCCUUUUCAGAUCAUAAACGUCUUAAUCGUUGAUCUAUACCCACAAGCGCCUGCCACGGCGACGGCCGCGAACAACUUGACUCGAUGCCUAUCGGGUGCGGUGGCCACAGCGAUAAUACAAUAUAUAAUUGACGCCUGGGGACGAGGAUGGACUUACACCUUCAUCGCUCUCAUCUACGGUACCUUCUCUCCCGCACUUUGGAUCAUACAAAAAUAUGGGCCUAAGUGGAGAGAGGAACGUAUGGAGAAGAUGAAGCAAGCCAUAGAAAAAAAGGAAGCAGAAGCCAGAGAAAAGAAUAUGACGACAAAUGAGCAGGUUCUUGCAGAAAAUCAGCCUACAUGUCGCUGAGUCUUAUUAAUGAUGUCUCCUUAUAUUAACGAAUCACGACUUACGAUUUGUUUUGCUCGCGUAGACGUAUAUAGUCAUAUCCCAAGUGGGAUGUAGGUAAUGACUUCGAAAUGGAUAGGAUCGUUUGACAUCCUAGCCUUGGGAGAGCUUCUUCAGAUAUAAGGCAGAGAGGAACCCUCAUUGAAUCGGUUACCGGGAGAUAUAUACAUGAUCUUGGAAAAAUAAUGGAAGGUAAAAGGUACAUACUUGUCUAGAGAUAAUUCACGUCGUAUAUGAAUGGAAAUGAAUAUAAUUAUUUCUUGGAUUAUAUGGGUUAAAUACCAAGUAACCACUAAGCAGAAUAAACGAUCUGCAAAAAGAUAUUAUUCUAUCGGUAGAUAGACCAUCAUUCCCAGG